AGUCAUUGUAAACAAAUAUGGUGGAUAGAUGAAUAUUUUCGUUCUCUGCCGUGAAACUUUGUUGAUAAAUCAGUUUGAAUAUGACAUUCCAUUUACUUUAAUCGGCAAGAAACCACACAUAUUUGCUUUAUAAAACAUCUGAUUUUUUUCUUGUGCUGAAAGAUGGCAGAAGUACACAUAAUUGGACAGAUUGUUGGUGGGACUGGUUUUCCUGAAAACAGCUUAUUUUGCAAGUGGGGAAUUAACACAGGUGGAGCAUGGAAGGUUCUAGCAGGUAUACGUGAAGGUCAGACGCAAGUUGAUAACCCUCAGAACCAUUCAGCAGCUUACUUCUCACAUCCCAUAGAUGUACACUUUGCUACCAAGGGAUUACAAGGUUGGCCAAAGUUACAUUUUCAAGUUUGGCAUCAGGAUAGUUUUGGUAGAAAUGAACUAUAUGGAUAUGGUUUCUGUCAUAUCCCAACAUCUCCCGGUAUUCACAAUAUAGAGUGUCCAACAUGGCGACCCUCUGGAAGUUACCUAGAACAAGUGUCACAGAGUUUCCUCGGUGGUGGUCCACAGCUGAAAAACCCGGACCUGAUUUACAGUGGAGCCGACAGAUAUAAACUACACACAAUAGCCAUGGGAUCAGUUCAUUUACAGAUUGGUGUGAUAUUAAGAAACUUUGACAAAUUUGGAAUAGAAUGUUAGCAUCUCAGUGUCUCAUUAUUUAUAUAUAGUUGUGCUCUUAAAUGUAUGAAAGAAUCCAGAUACAAACUUAGUUCUAAAAAAUAUCGGAAAUAAAGUAGGGAAAAGAUAACAAUAUGAUUGCAGGUAGUGCAGAAAUUUUAUAUAGUUUGUUGAUGUUUUAGAAAUUAUGCUUUCAUGAUAUAAUAAUACGCAUUCUGAAGAACAAACUGAUUAUUUUACAAUGAAUAAUGCAGUGUUUUAUAUACAUUAUUUCAGUUCUCAAACAAUAUCCAUCCCAUACUUGCCUCUGUUAUAUAUGUUGUACUCAAUUUAAAGACUACUACAUGGCUUUUGCAGGAGUCACAUGAUUCUCAUUCAUAAAUUGCCUAAAACAAAAGGGUCUACUUACUUUGAUGUAAGCACUGAUUCUAUUGUAUAUUCUAACAUGACUCAGUUUGAUUGCUAGUUCAACAAAGAAGAAAGUAAACUGUUGAGAGAGCAUUAUGAUGUCAAAUUGCCGUAUGACAUCCAGUUAUUUACUACUGGAAUAAAUGAAGCCCAGCAUAAUUUUACUAUAAAAAUUCAAUGACCAUGACUGUAAGAAUGAAAACAAGACCUUCUUGCGGUUUAUCGUCUAAUUUGCCACGGUUCAUCGUUCAGUUGCUUAAAUAUUAAAUCACUCAGGCUAACGUCCUCGUAGUUCAAUUCCUGCACAUCUAAACUCUGAACCAUGAUAAAUUAGACAACAAACCACUCAGAGGCCUUGAUUAUUUGUUAAAUAACGUCACUCCUUCAGCAUUGUUUGUUAAAAAGCAAAAUAAAUUGGAUCAUGUUAGAAUUUGUUUUAAGUUAUAGUUAAAAAGAUAUGUAAGCUGAAUAGAUAAAUUCCCAUACUAAUGUAGAUCUGAGUCAUUUACUUCUGUAUAUGCUGACAGUAUGAAAUUUUAGAUCUGAGAAUGAAUGAAUGACAGCUGCUAUUGAAAAUAUGCUAGACAUUUGAGCUGCACCAUGAGAAAACCAGCAUAGUACAUUUAUGACCAGCAUGGAUCCAGACCAGCCUGCGCAUCCGCACAGUCUGGUCAGGAUCCAUGCUGUUCGCUUUCAAAGCCUAUUGCAGUUAGAGAAACUGUUAGCGAACACCAUGGAUCCAUGCUGGUCGCAAACGCACUAUGUUGGUUUUUUCAUGGUGCAGCUCAUUUAUUGUUAGUAAAUUACCCUUAGUCCAGUAUUGUAUAUCACAAAAUGCCCAAAGGAUCGGAUUAAAGCCAUACAUUUUAUAGGUUCUGAAGCUUUUUACCUCUUUAUGUUAUAGUUAAUGUAUUCUUUAAUGAAAGCCACAGUUGUUAAUAUAUUCAUAUUUUUAGAUGGAAAGAAUACUUCAAAGUGUGUGUCAGUAAAUAGAAGAUAAAAAACAAUUCUUUAAUGGGUAGGAGUCCAACUUGACCUGUAUGUCCAAUUAAACAGUUUUGGUAUAUUUUCUGAGAGUCUCUCUUUAAUCUGCUGUAAAACUGAUAUUUUCUAGUAUUGUGUAAUUACCACAGUCACCUGAACAUAAGUCCAGACUCCUGAAAACACUCAAUUUUAGACAUCCACUUUGCUUGGUGCCUUUUCAAAUCAUCUGAAAACUGAGUACCAGUAAUGUGAAAUCAUUAAUUAUGUGGCAGACAAAUUUGCGGUUUCAACCUAAAAGGCUGGUUCAUGUGAACUUUAAUAUGAUAAUUUAGAGAUGGUACCUAAGGCUAUGUAUUCAACGACAACAGCAAAUUGUGUGCAAAACUGAAGCGCAUAUCGCUUAUCUCACACUUGCAAUAAUUUAACAUAGCACCGUGCAGUAAAUACGGGGAUUUUUGACAGCGACAUCGGCUUCUUGUUUUGGUUGAUUAGCUAAAGAAAGGUGAUUGUCAUUUCUUAUUAACUAACACUACCAUUUUAUUUAUACUAAAGAACGUCUGCAUUAUAUUAACUGAAGUUCUGUAAUGGUAGAUUCCGCAAGGCAAAUGCGAUUCCGCACGCCUCGGUCAAUAUGCAAAUUAGGUACAUUUGUAAACAAGCUGCGUGUCAUAAAAAGUGAAAUAACUUCUUUCGGCACAGUUUUUGGUAUAGUUUUGGUGUGACCAUGAGAUAGAAUAUACAUUUUUAUAUCGCUCUGUUUUUAACUCGUACAUUUUGAGGCCUUGAUUAUUCUUGGCAAACAUAUUUUGUAAAUUGUUGAGGGAUUCGAUGUCGUAAAAUUCAUAUAGUCUAUUUAUAUUUUUUCCUCAUGAAUAAUGUUUUAUUUUCUAUGAUCAUACCAUACCUGUAAAUUAUCGGCAGUAAUAAAUAAAAAGAAUGUCUUUAAAUGAGUUCGUUUGAAAAUGAAAGAUAGUGCUCAACUUUCUUGUUUGAAUGAUUAUUCAUAGAUCUUGAAGUAAACUAUAGCUUUGGGAAACACAUCCGAAUCUAUGCAUACUUUGUUCAGAUAACUAAAUAGUCCUAGAAGAGUUAUCUGUCACUGGCUUCACUUUUCCAAGUAGGACCAAAUUUUUCAGAUUAAAUAUAGCCUUUCAGCAUGAAAAAUGAAGUAUGAAAGUUAAACCAUUAUAUAAUUGAGGUACUCCAGUAUUAAUUUUUUAACAGAAAGUAAUAUCAGAUGCAAUUUGAAUUUUUAGGUACCAUCUCUAGAUAAUUUGUAACAUGUAAUUUUAUCUUUUCGAUAUGACUAAAUUUUGAUUGACACAAUGGAAAAUUAGUCCCCUACAAAUGGUAAUGAUUUCACAGUAUUACAAAUUCAUAGAACUUCAUAUUUAUCUUAAGGUCAUUUGUUUUUAGUCAUUUAUUUGAAAUUUUAUCAUUUUGUAGUAGGAUAUGCAUUUUAUGUGGAGAAUGAGCCAAGCAAUUGUACUACGAUCACAUUUAGUUUCUGUGCAUAUAUAAAAAUUCAUGCUUUUGCCAACUCGUAAUUGUUCAGCAGAUAUUUUAGUGAUAGCGAUUCCCUCUUGUUUUUCAAGAAAGGGUUUAAGUUUUUUUUUAUGUGAGUAAUGAAGUCUGGAAGAUUUAUUUAUAGAAUAAUAAUAAUACAACAACCCCCUUAAUAGACUGACUUACAUUUCUGUAAAAAAAAAUGUUCCUUGUAAAUUAUAUAUUUAUCAAACUGAAUAAAGUAUUUUUACAAAGUUAA